AUGGCUCAAAGGGGACCGCAACCGUACCACGGAGGAGCCAAGUCUAAGCAUUCCAGAUCUAAAGACCACCAUGGACCUCCUCCGGCUGACCCAGGUCAUGGUCAAACACUGUCUGGUGGUAACCAGGCGCUGUACCUGCAGAAAAUUCGGGAGAGUUCAGAGGCAGUGAAUAGUGGAGAUUUCCGACGGGCCGUUCAGUUAUACUCCGAGGCUAUUGCAUUGGACCCUUCGAAUCAUAUUCUCUUUACUAACAGAUCAGCUGCAUAUGCCAAACUGCAGCAGUACAAAAAGAGCGUAGAGGACGCACGGAAGGCGAAAGAGAUCAACCCGAAAUGGCCAAAGGCAUAUCUUCGGGAGGGUGUAGCGCUGCAGCACUUGGGACAACAUGGAGACGCGCUGGCCGCUCUCUCCUCAGGUCUGGCUCAGGACUCGGCCAAUACCCAGUUACUCGCAGGACUCGUGGAUACCGCCCUAAAGUCCCCUCUCAAAGAAAAACUUGGACCAGUAUUUCACCAAUUACAAAAAUUGAAAUUGAACCAAAGUCCAUUUGUUAUCAUCUCUGUGAUUGGUCAGGAAUUACUGGCAUCAGGUCACUACAGUGCUUCUGUAACAAUGUUGGAGGCUGCACUGACCAUUGGAACCUGCAGCCUCAAGCUGCGGGGCUCAGUGUUUUCUGCUCUCAGCAGUGCAUACUGGGGCAUGGGCAAGAUAGACGGAGCCAUCACGAACAUGCAGCAUGAUUUGUCUGUAGCAAAAUCACUAGGUGACUUGGAGGGAGAGUGUCGGGCUCACAGUAAUCUAGGCUCUGCCUACUUCUCCAAGGGACACUACAAAGAGUCCUUGACCAAUCACAGAUUCCAGCUUGCCUUGGCCAUGAAGCUGAAGCAUCGUGAUGCCGCUGCAGCAGCACUGGGGAGUCUUGGGCAUGUCUACACUGCAAUCGGAGACUACCCAAAUGCACUCAACAGCCACAAGCAGUGUCUUUUCCUCAUGAAACAGUGUCAUGAUAAGUUGGCAGAGGCCCGUGAAAUAGGAAAUGCUGGUGCGGUAUAUUUAGCGAUGGGAGAGUUCGCUCAUGCAAUAGAGUGUCACAAUAAACAUUUAGAAAUUGCCAAAAGUUUGAAAAAUGCAACAGAGGAAGCAAGAGCAUAUAGCAAUCUAGGAAGUGCAUACCAUUAUAGACGUGAUUACGAAAAGGCUAUGUCCUUUCAUAAACAUGUGUUAAGAAUCGCAGAAUCAAAGACAGAUCAAGUGUUAGAGGCCCGAGCCUAUGCAGGGCUUGGUCAUGCCGCGAGGUGUAUGCAGGACUACAGCACAGCGAAAAGUUACCAUGAGAAACAGCUUGACAAUGCCCUUCAGACCAAGGACAAAGUAGCUGAAGGUCGUGCUUGCUCAAACUUAGGAAUUAUAUACCAUCAGUUGGAAGAUCAUAAGUCAGCCCUAAAGUUACAUGAGGUGCAUUUAAAGAUAGCCAAAAACCUUGGUGAUCGUGCUAGUCAAGGUCGUGCAUUUGGUAACCUUGGUAACGCCUUUUGUGCUAUGGGGUCGUUUGAACAAGCAAUCAAGUAUCACAGGCAGGAGUUAAACAUUUCAUCCGAGGUAAAUGACCGCCACUCAGAGGGCACAACGCAUGGUAAUCUGGCAGUGGCUUACCAGUCUAUAGGGAGUUAUGACAAAGCCCUACAGCACUACACAGCACACCUCAGUAUCUCCCGUGAACUCAAGGACACUGUCAGUGAAGCCAAGGCUCUCUGUAACCUUGGUAACUACCACAGUUCACGAGGGAACCAUGGAAGUGCUGUGAAAUACUAUGAGGAAUACCUGAAUCUUGCUCAGGAGCUCCUGGACUCUGAGGGUGAGGCGAAAGCCUGCUUCAGUCUUGGAUAUGCUCAUUUCGCACUUGGCAACCAUUUGGAGGCCGUCAGAUAUUAUGAACAAGACUUAUCUAUAGCACGUGAACUUAAAGAUCAAAUGGGCAUUGCCAGGGCCUACUGCAAUCUGGGGCUGGCCCACACAGCUCUUAAAAACUUUGAGGAUGCUUUAGAGUGCCAGAAAAAAUGUUUAACUAUGAUGAAGAGCAUGAAAAACACCAAAGGAAUUUUCAGGGCACUCGGCAAUAUUGGUGAUAUUACUUUAAAGACUGGUGAAACUGCUGAAGCAAUCAAGAUAUAUAAUCAGCAACUACUUCUUGCCAAACAAUGCAAUAGUAAAGACCUUCUAGGUGGGGCGUAUGGGGCCCUGGGGGCAGCACAUCGAGUGUUAGGUCAGUUUGAUAAGUCUCUUGGUUAUCACACACAGGAGUUAUCCAUACGACAGGAUAUGAAUGACCUUCGUGGUGAGUGUCGUGCCCACGGAAAUAUUGGAAAUGUUCAUAUGUCUCUUGGGAAUUAUCAAAAUGCAUUUAAGUGUUACGAGGAACAACUUGAAAAAAGUCGCGAGUUGCAAGACAGUGCUUUAGAAGCACAAGCGUCAGGUAACCUUGGCAUUACUAAAAUGAACAUGGGGAUGUAUGAGGAUGCUAUCGGUCAGUUUGAGCAGCAGUUAGCCAUGCUGGAACAGGUCAGUGGUAUCUUCAGUAAUCAUGACAAAGGUAGAGCACUUGGUAACCUUGGUGAUUGUUAUGAAGCACUCGGAGAUUUUGAAGAAUCCAUAAAAUGUCACAACCAGUAUUUAGCAAUAUCACAACAGACCAACAAUCUUUCAGACCAGGAUAAAGCCUAUCGAGGACUUGGUAAUGCUCACAGAGCUGUAGGCAAUUUACAGCAAGCUUUGGUGUGUUUCGAAAAGCGACUUGUUGUCGCUCAUGAACUCAACAGUUGUACAGCUAAGGCUUCUGCAUACGGGGAGCUGGGUUGUUUGCACAGCUUGUUGGGUAACUUUGAGCAAGCCAUAGCAUGCUUGCAACACCAGUUGACAAUUGCCACGGAGAUGAAUGACCAGAUGUGUGAGGGCGAGGCUGCAUGUGGCCUGGGAGGUGUGUACCAACAGAUGGGAGACUAUGACAAAGCCCUGGAAUAUCACGAGAUGGAUCUACGUAUCUCCGAAUCAUCCAACAACAAAGCAUGCCAAUGUCGUGCCUAUGGAAACCUCGGGCUAUCCCAUGAGUCUCUAGGUAACUACAAGGAAUCAAUCCAGUAUCAGGAACAACAUCUAAGCAUCGCCGCAGAGAUGAAUGACAGUGUCGCCAGAACUCUUGCUUAUAGUAGUUUAGGUCGUGUGCACCAUGCCCUCAACAACCAUACAGAAGCCGUGGAUUAUCUACGUCAGGGGUUACGCAUCGCCGAACAACUGGGCAGACAUGAGGAUGAGGCUAAAAUUCGACAUCGCCUUGGCUUGUCACUUUGGGGUAAAGGUGACUUGGAGGAGUGUCAACAACAGCUGUACAAAGCAUCCGAUCUGUUUGAGAGUAUACGACGUGACUCACAAUUCAAUAGUGAAUAUAAGAUGUCCUUGUUUGACCUUCAGACAGCGUGUUACCAAGCGUUACAGAGGGUACUGGUUUCUCUGGGCCAACACGAAGAGGCACUUGUCAUAGCAGAACGUGCUUGUACAAGGGCAUUCAUUGAUUAUCUACUGGAGCGUCAGGCAGGGUCGGAGGGUUUGUACCGUGGUAAUGUAGACCCUCCCCCAAUCACCACCGACCAGAUUGUCAACAUCGUCACCAAACAGAAGUCUCUUGUCCUAUACUACAGCAUUGCUGCUGGCUAUCUGUACAGCUGGCUCCUCACUCCAAAACAAGGUAUUGUGAAGUUUCACGAGGCAAAUAUGGCUGACCUGGAGAACAUUGAUGGGGAAUCUUUUAAUGACACACUUAGUAUGAAAAGUGUUAGUUUCGGAUCAUCUUCAGUGUUAGACCAAUAUGUUGGUCAAGUCCGUGAAUCCAUGGGCAUAGACAACUACUCAUCCAGAGCUUCCCUAACAUCUAAAGGUGUGAGUUGUGACUCUGACAGUGAGGGAGACGAUGUCUGGCAACAACACCUUGAGGAGCUUGGUGACAAACUGAAUGCUGAAAAUGACCGCACAGGAUUCUUACGCAUGGUGAAUCGUAACCACAAAUACAACAGCAGUAACUAUAGUUUGAGCAGUCUCUUUAGUCUUUCAGUCAGUAUGAAUGGCCUCAGCUCCAGUUUUCACUCCAUGAACCGCAAAAACAGUCUACGCAAUAAAACCAGCAAUAACACAAAAGCACCAAUCAGCGCCCUGUAUCAGCUCCUCAUCGAGCCGAUGGAGGAUGCCUUGACACAGGCCACAGAGGAAUGGGGGAUGGGCCCAGUGGACCUGGUGCUUGUCCUCCAGGGGGAACUCUACCUCAUACCAUUCACUGUCCUCCGAAAGGAUCAAACAGAGGAAUAUAUGUUUGAACGUUUUAAUCUAAGUGUCAUGCCUUCAGUAACUGCAUUACAAAAUGCAAAGAAACAAGACAAACAGGGCCGCCCUGUAAUAGACUCAUCUGGUGCGAUAGUUGUUGGAAAUCCUAAGUUGUCUCCAGUCAUUGCUCAACAUUGGCACCUGAAGGAGAUUCCAAGUGCAGAGUAUGAGGCAAGGAUAGUGAGUGAACUGUUGACCUGCCGUCCCAUGAUUGGUCAAGAUGCAACUAAACCUGCAGUGCUACAUCAAAUUGAGCAGGUAGAAGUUGUGCAUUUCGCUACUCAUCUGUCCUGGAAACUUGCCUCCAUAGUUCUUUCACCAGGUGAUAAUAUAUCUACAGCCCAUCGAUUUCCAACGAUAGACUCGGAUGAUAGUUCAAGUGAUAUAGGUGGCUUUGAUGGACCUGCUCUGUCUGAAUAUCUUCUCACAGCUGCUGAUAUUCUCAACAUGAAACUCCAUGCCAAACUUGUUGUAUUGAGUUCAGGAUACACAGACGAUAGAGCAGGAAGGAUAAAUUCAGACGGAGUUGUGGGACUUACAAGAGCUCUUUUAUCAGCAGGAGCUCAGAGUGUGUUAUAUUCGUUAUGGCCUGUACCUGACCAGGCCGCCAAACUGUUGAUGAGGACAAUGUAUUCAUCACUACAGGAAGGUCAUCAGGUCACACAGGCUCUUUCCAGUGCUAUUAAGUCUGUCCAGUGUACUAAACAGUUCUCCCACCCAUCCAACUGGGGUGGCUGGGUCCUAGUAGGACAUGAUGUCCGGCUAAGCAGUAAAGUUGCACUCAUGGGCCAUGCCAUCUGUGAAAUCCUACAGUCACCUACUGCCUGCCGGGAGGCCAUGAGAGUCCUCCUUCAUCUGAUUGAGAAAUCACUCCAGAGAAUCCAUCAAGGCAUAAAGAACUCAAUGUACACAACAAGUCAGUCUAUUGAGAACAAAGUAGGUGCUAUCCCUGGCUGGAAGGACCUUCUUCAAGCAGUCGGCUUCCGAUUUGAGUCGGCCAGUAAUGGGCUUCCUCCUGCAGUUUUUUUCCCCCAGACUGAUCCUGGAGACCGACUUACACAAGCUAGUGCUAGUCUUCAAGCCCUCCUAGGGUUACCUCCCAGUUCUCUGGCAGCUCUCUCUAAGUUUUUAUCCAACUACGAAGCAGGAGAGGCUAAUAUCCGUGUGAUGAGAGACAUACUAAGCAAAAUGGCUGCCAAGGAAAGUAACAUUGAUGUGCAGAUCAAUGUUAAGUUGUGGGGAGUUCCUGGUUGUCACGAGUUUCUGGCAUCUCUUGGACUUGAUCUGGUUGAGGUUGGACAAGAUGAGGUCACACUCCGUUUAGGGAAACAAGCCAAUAGACGACAGCUGCAGUUUGCUUUACAAAGUCUUGUUGCAGUUUUUGACACUCAAGAGGCGCCCAAAUCUCUGUCAGUGGACAGCUCAAGUAGCCUUGAGAGUCUGUCCUCCUCACAUAGCGGCUCCACCUCCACCUCAAACUUUUCCAAGGGCAGCACGCCACCCAUCUCGCCCCGCGGCUCACGUAAAAAGUCACUUUUCAACCCAGCUGAGAUGGAAAAGAUGAGGAUCAUGAACAAAAUGCAGCUCAUGAACCAGGGUGGAUUGUCAGGUCGACAGGUUCACAGAAAGAUUAAGAAAGCCAAUGUAUCUGACCCAGCUAUGAAUUUACAGCAUCAGAGCCGUGUUCGCAACAUGUAUCCCCCAGGUUCAAACUCCUCCAUGAAUCUGGCAGGCGACAUGAAUGGUAUUCAGGAGAUAAGUGAAAACAGCGAGAGUGAGACCGACGGCCGUGACAGCUGGGACAAUAGAAUGCAGGUGUCAACGAACUCGGAGAGUGAAAGUAGUACAAUACCGGAACCUCGGACAAACUCCGAAUCAGACCACCAGGCUGGAGCUGAUCAGUAUCAGCUGGUUGAGGGAAAGGAAAAAAGUCCUGUUCUUAUGACAGAGGAAUAUUCCUUGAGCAGACAAACAAGUAACCAAAGUGAAUCUUAUUCCUUUGAUAGAGCAGAUGAUGUGCGGAUAUCAGCAUUGUCAUUCACUAGUAAUUUAAGUGAAGAUUCUGCUCUAUUGGAGGAACAAAAGAGAAAUUCUUAUUCUGAUAGUAGUCAGGCAGAGGACAUGUUCAAAAGACAUGAUGGAAAUCGUCAGUCAGAUAUGUCAGAUACUAGUGGAAUCAGUGAUCAAUUCAUGGUGUCUCAAAACCAGAAUUUACCUUUAUCGUCACAACUGGACCCUGUGUUAAUGUCUAGUGAAUCGGGCAUCAACUCAGAGGUGACUUCUUCAAAUCAAAGUGACACGAGUCAACAGAGCAUGGAUGCUGUAAACUCACAAUUUGAUCCUCAGGAAGUUGCAAUGAAAGUUAUGAAAGACCUUGGUCCCCAGAAGGACAUUCUGGAAGGAUUACAAAUGCAAAGUUUUCUAAAAUCUCAGUCAAGUACACAAUUCAUGAGGCGACAAUUUCAGAACUCUUCACAAAUCAGCGCAUUUACUAAACCCUCUGGUGGACCAGAUCAGAUACAUAGUGAUAAGGAUGGUCACAUUUCUUCUACAUCACUGGUAAGACCCCAGACAGUGCCAAGGCCCAACAAGGUCCCACCUCCUGUUCCUUCUAAACCUAAAGGACUGUCAAAACAGAUCACUACAGCAAACUAUCAGGAGGACAACUCAACUCAAAAUUACCCAGGAAGCUAUUACAGUAUGCAAUCCCUGAAAGGUAUAUCAGAAGACGAUCUGUCCUCGAGUAGGGAAUCGCCUAGUGUGGAUGACAACGACAUUUCUUAUGUUGUGACACGAAGAACAGUUCCUGCUGGAGGUGGCAUGUCAGAUUUGGGUCAUAAGAGUAUGCCUGAUUUACGAAACUCCUCUCCAGUGUACAACAGAGGGGGGAACACUGGUAGUCCCUAUUCAGGCAGUCAGAUGAACUUCAGUAGUUUUAAACCUCAGGCAGCAUCUUCUAAGAGGAAUGUGAGUAGUGUUGUGCCAGGUGGGGCCAUGCGACCAGACAGUGCCACAAGUACGAGUAGUCUUUGUUCUACUGGCUCUUCAGCCCAGUCAGUCAUUCACCGUCCAUACUUUAAUUCUGUACCAGAUCUCAAUGGAAUGUUCCAGAAACAUGGCCUUGAAUCUAGUGUGGAAAGUGUUGGUAACAGGAGGAGUCCCUCAGGUUUACCACCACCCUACAGUCAAGCAGUUCGGACAGCCCAGCUACUCAGGGGGCGAAGUCCAGUACAGCAUAAUACAUACAACUCAAACAGUCGCAGUUCCACCCCUACUGGGGGUUCACGCACCAGUCCAGAAAGCUUGGGAUCAUCUCUUGGCAGUGGUCAGUACCAUCAGCCUGAUAGCCCAGUGUCUCAGGCCAGUGGUCAGUAUCACAACAUUUGUAGUCCAUCGACACCCUCUAAUGCCAGUCAAGAUAACAAUAGCAUACCCUCACAAUUUGGACAGUCAUACAGUGUAGGGGCGAAUAAUCGUUAUACAACUCACUAUUCAGACUCUAAACCUGAUAUGCUACCUCUCCAGCAUCAUCAGCAUAUUUCCUCUACACCAAACUCUGUAUCUCUGCCUGAGAGCCGAUACUCCAGUACUCCCACAACACCAGUAACACCAGAUCGUGAUGACGUCUUCCUUCAUGCCAGCAGUGGUUGUAAUGUGACCUCUAUUCCCACUCAAGGUCAUAUGUACCAGCACUCGAGCAGUAGCACAUCAUCAUCAGUCUCACAACACCACCAGUACUACCAGUCGGGCAGUCCUGUGGCCUCCACAGCCUCAGGAGGUGGAAGUCCAUUUCCCCAGUCUGCCAGCCCUACAUCAUCCACUGCCUCUCGUAACAGUCCAUACCAGCAUCUCUCAUCAGGCAAGAAGACCAAAUCUAUCCUCAACAGUUCACCAGCCUCUGCCAGGGCUACCAGUAAAAAGAGACCUCAGAAACGUGUCAGUUUCUCAGAUUCUGAACCCAGUGACUUAGAGGGUAACUCCCCUCACCCCUACCGUCCAAUCAAGUCAGGCCCUGUCCCAGUGAAGGGCGUAGUUAAGUUGAAUAUGAAUGACUUCAAAAUGCCAAAUUAUCGUAAUAGACAGCAUCAGAAUGGUGGCAUACCUAAAGGGGCUGGUCCCCAUAGUAACGGCUAUGUCUCCCAGGGUUCUUUUUAUCCUAAUGGCAGUGUGUCUAAACCUCUUGUAAACGGUCAUACAGGUCACAAUCAGACAUCUUUGUUCAGUAGAAAAAAUGUGGCACCUUCCUCCAAUGUAAGUAGUGUAAACAAACCUAUUGGACUAAAGGACAUGUCCAAACCUUCAACUGAAGGGGGACAACUCCCUGGGAGGAGUGUUUUUGGAAGAGAGAAUAAUCGUCCAAUCAGGAGAACUCAAGUUGUGCAGUCGUCAAAGUGCUGAUAUUUGUGUACAGGUUUUCUGUUAUGUUUGAGAACCGAAAACAAAUGCAAUUCAUCUUUUUAUGUUCUGUUUUUCUUAAUGAAUUUAACAUAAAACCAGAAAUCACACUUCACCAAAUUUUACUGUCUUGUAUAGCCCCUCAGUGUCUGGUUUUGUUUAGAAUUUUAGAAUUUUUAUAUUUCAGUUCAUUGAUCAAUCAAGUGUUUGAGCCAUCUUCUCGAAAGAAAUGUGACUUUUUGUUUUGCAUGAAAUUAGAUUUAUCAUAUGACUAACAUUUUAAUGUGCCGAUUUGAAUGUGUAUUAAUGUAUGUCCUUGUGUAUAUACGUGUAAGGAUAGACUUUGUACAUAGUUAUGAAAUGAAUGCCUCUUUGUGCCAAACUUUUCAUUUUAUCCAGAGGAAAAUGACAUGAUAGAUAU